AUGUCGUCCAUAGCGUGCUCAUGCAAUCGUGCAUUUGGCAGCGAGCAGCGCUUACGAGAUCAUAGAAAGUCCGUGGCCGCGCACAUCUGCCCAGACUGCAACAGAUGCCUUCGCACGAGAAAGUCUCUGCUGCAACACAGGGCUCUGUCGUCUCCGACAUGCGGGCAGACGCCGCUGAAGAGCAUUGGCAGUUGGCGAUGCAACGAGUGCGGCGAGCUGUUUGAGAGUCAAGCUGCCGUGCAAGAACAUCUCCGAGACCCUAAGCACGCCACUGACUUUCGCUGCUGCGACUGCGACAAGGACUUCAAAAACUACAUUGCCCUCAACGACCACCUCAAGAACAAGGUCCAUGUCAAGAAGCCAGCCAAGCCCCAGCCCCAGCCAGCACGAUGCGAAGACUGCGACCGGACGUUUAGAACCAAAGCAGCCCUGAAGCAGCACCUCAAGUCUGUCAUCCACUGCCCGAUCAGCAACCUGCCUUGCCUGGCAGCUCACAUGGAAAGCGGCUCUUGCUCCUCGGGCAUGGACAGAAAGAAGCUCAACAGGCUGAUCCACCUGCAAGACCGCGAGAACCUCAUCACCAGUUCCAGCGGCCUUGCUGAGCUCUCAGGAUGGGCCGGCCUUGAGGACGAAGAGGAUUCGCCGAGUCACUCGGGCGUCAUGACGCCAAGCACAGAGUCGGGCGACGGAGUGCUACUGACCCCAAGCAGCAGCCAGCUCGAUCUUGCGAGCCUUGUUGGGCAGCGGCUGGCAGUGUCUGAGGAUUCCGACUCGGAGAGCAUCUGUACCGAAUUGGCGGCGGACGCCAUCUAUCUUUGCCCUCUGUGCCCCAACAGCAAGCGUCGCUUCGUCGGACGAACAGCCCUGGAGCAGCACAUGCACUCCCCAGCUCACACACCCAAGGUUUUCCAUUGCCCUUCGCUUCUCUUUCAAGCAAAGUCUCGAGGAAACGAGCCAAGCAUGAGGCACUUUUCGACCCUCAGCGGUCUUUUGGCGCACAUUGAGAGCGACGCAUGUCGUGGCGGGAAGUCCGGCCUGCGGACGGUGAUGUCGUAUAUGGAGGAGAGGCUGGAAGCAAUGGGGAUCUCCUUCAAGUUCCUGGGCAUCUAG